AGUCUCUUCUUUCCUACAAAUCCAAUCGCUUGAAAAUAAAUAAAUAAAUAAAUAAAUGGCGUCUUCACUCUCAACAACAGCCUCCGCUGCCUUCACUUCCGUUGCUAAAACCACCGCUACUUUGCCUCCUUCCUCUAACCUUCAGCUCUCCAACCUCUCCUUUCGCUUCUCUUCCAACCCAAGCCGUCUAUUGUUCUCCAAGAGUUUGCUUCCUGGUCAGAACUCUUCUACAGUGGUGAAAAGCCAACUUAAUGAGGUUGCCAUUGAUGGAUCAUCAAAUGCUUCUGCUACACCUACAGUCAAAUCAGGGCCACCAAACGCAGAAGCAAAAAUUAAGCCAUCAAGCGAUGUACCUCCUCCAUCUUUGGCCACAGAAGAAUCAAUCUCAGAAUUCCUUAAUCAAGUUUCAAGUCUAGUAAAGCUAGUUGAUUCACGAGAUAUUGUGGAGUUGCAGCUUAAACAACUUGACUGUGAACUUAUAAUCCGGAAAAAGGUGGCCUUGCCCCAACCACCAUCUGCAGCUCCAGUUGAUAUGAUGCAGUCACCCUCUCAAUCACCAGUAAUGCCUACAACCCCAUCUGUCCCUGCACCUCCGCCUCUUGGUCAAGCAUCUGCUGCCCCAACUCCAGCACCUUCGCCAGCUGCUCCUAAGUCAGCCAAAUCAUCACUUCCACCUCUUAAAAGUCCAAUGGCUGGUACAUUCUACAGAUGUCCGGCUCCUGGUGAACCACCAUUUGUGAAGGUUGGAGACAAAGUGCUGAAGGGUCAGGUGUUAUGCAUCAUUGAGGCAAUGAAGUUGAUGAAUGAAAUAGAGGCUGAUCAAUCGGGAACCAUAGUUGAGAUCGUUGCAGAAGAUGGCAAAUCAGUCAGCGUUGACACUCCUCUAUUUGUGAUUGAACCUUGAAACCAAGACUCCGAGUAGGCAAAGCCGAAACGAUGGAGUGUAGGUUGAGUUUAUGGUAAACGUUGUGAGAUGAGGCAUUGUUUUGUUGUGAUAUAGUGAUUUGGCUCGAGUUGGUAGAGAUGCAAAUAACCUGUUUUCAUAAUGAAAAUAUUUAUGAUGAAAACCCUUUUACACUUGAGUGAUAAAUUAGUAGCAGCAGCUUCUCUCGA